AUGGCGGCAUCAACGAAAGGAAUUCCUGAAGCCGAGGUGGUGGAAGCCCCCCCUGCUGGUCACAGUCACCCUGAAGCAAUCCGAUCUGAUGACGAAAUCACCGAUGUGAAACACGCCCAUGACUCAAUUUCUCAGGCCUCGGACGACACUCCGGUCAUUGAAGGGAAAGACGAGGAAGCACCUGUGUGCUCUAUCUCAAAUGAAGAACAAGAACCUCCGGUAGUGGUACCGAGAUUAAAGCGGAGAGGGCUAUUUGGUCAGCUCACAUUUCUGGCAGAGGUAGAGAACCCUAAGGUUUACCCCCGAAAGACAAAAUGGUUCAUCACUUUCGUGGUCGCUGUGGCCGGAGCUGCAGCCCCAAUGGGUAGUUCAAUCUUCUUCCCGUCCCUUUCUCAAGUAUCCAAAGAGCUUGGCACGUCAACCACUGUCACAAACUUAUCGAUUUCGCUGUACAUGCUCAGUAUGUCCAUAUUCCCACUGUGGUGGUCAUCGUUCAGCGAAAGACUGGGGCGACGAACAAUAUAUCUCGUUUCCUUCAGCCUCUUCGUCGUCUUCAACUCUCUAUGCGCCAUCUCUAGUUCGAUCGCUAUGCUCAUUGUACUACGGAUGUUAAGUGGUGGUGCAUCUGCAUCAGUUCAGGCCGUUGGCGCAGGAACCAUCGCGGAUCUGUGGGACCCGCAAGAAAGAGGACGAGCCAUGAACAUCUUCUAUCUAGGUCCGCUAUGUGGACCUUUGAUAGCUCCUAUUGUGGGUGGCGCGUUAGCUGAACGGUGGAGUUGGCGGAGUACGUUGUGGUUUUUAGCUGCCUAUGGAGGUCUUACCGUGGUGUUUAUCUUCUUCGCCCUCCCAGAAACGCUGGCAAACACAAAAACCCAGACACAGGACAUAAAAGACGAGCACGAGGAACCGGUCCAGCGCCAAUUAAGCCGAGUGUCCUCUCGAAAGGUUGUUCGGUUCACCACCAAGUGGCUGAAGGUCCUUAAAAUGGUUCUUCUCGACCCCUUGAAAAUCAUUCUCUACCUGCGCUAUCCCCCAGUUUUACUAACUGUAUACUAUGCGAGCAUCACCUUUGGCUCGCUGUAUGUGCUAAACGUCAGUGUCGAGCACACAUUCGGCGCUAGCCCAUACAACUUCAGUACAAUUAUUGUUGGCCUGCUUUAUAUUCCCAACUCGUUAGGCUAUGUUGUUGCUAGCUCCUUUGGAGGUCGUUGGAUGGACAAUAUCAUGCAACGGGAGGCCAAGAAGGCAAAGCGAUACGACGAAAAUGGCAAGCUGAUCUACCAUCCCGAAGACCGGAUGCGGGAGAAUGCUUGGCUUGGAGCUGUCCUCUAUCCUGCUGGGCUAAUUUGGUAUGGUUGGUGUGCAGACCGAGGCGUCUUCUGGCUAGCACCGAUGAUUGCCAAUUUCUUCUUUGGCGUUGGAUCAAUGCUCAUUUUCGGCAUGGCAACGACCAUGCUGACAGAGUUCAUGCCCAAAAAGUCCUCUGCAGGCGUCGCACUGAACAACUUCAUGCGGAAUAUCUUCUCAUGUGUGGGCUCAGUAGUCACUGCCCCAAUCAUCGAUGCCAUUGGCAACGGAUGGCUUUUCACCAUCCUUGGCCUGGUUGCGUUUGCAAGCAGCUCCGUCCUUUUUGUGAUGAAAGUUUACGGACCUCGAUGGAGAAAUUCCAUGGAUGCGCUAAGAAAAUGA